AUGCCUUAUUCAAUGCCGCGCUUUUCAACUCACAGCAACACUGGGCCGCCUCAUGUUUCUCUACCCCAGACCACAAGAGUCCAGAGGAACAAACUAAGGAAACGGCCGCCGUUCUGGUCCUCGGAUAGAAGCACAGCUGCCUACGAUCUCUGCCAACUCAUGGGGAACAAUGCCAGCUUUGAAAACAUACCGCGGCCGGCGCGCCCGCCUCGCCCGUCCGCAACUGACAUCCCGGACCUCCCCAGCCUGCCCAUGUACGAAGGCUUCACCCCCAAACACCGCCCAGUCACGCUACUCGACGAGAAGACCCCCCGGGUGUUUGAACGGCGUCCAUCCGCGGCCACGACAAGAUGGUCAUCGGCAGAUGGACCGCGACCGCGGUGGGACGCCGGGGCUGGUGACGAGAGACCUGCUACGCACCACUCGCUAGCCGCGAGCGACACAACGGCCGUCGAGGUGCCCCGCUAUGACCGGUCUUCCCGGCUGGCGGAAUCGUAUCGAAACGUGCUGCCGGACAGGGAAUCAAUGACAAUCGAAUACAGGGAAGCACGCGGAUCAAUCAAGAGGCAGCAGGAUACUAGGCGACCCCGGAGCCAGCAGCGCGAGCCUCACGCCAGCAAUCAUCCGACACAACACAAUCAGACUGUCGCGACCCCAGAACAAGAGAGAUUCGACGUCAGGUCUGCGCCUGUAAGAACACGCUCGUCCGCGGUCCCUUCGACACCGACCUCGUCGAUCACCGCGGUGGACUACGACCUCGGCCCCGUUGACGGGCUGGCGCUUGGUAAGAGCCGCGCCCCUGGUAGCCACUCACGGGAGGCGGAGAGCCAGAGAGACGCGCUGGCCAAUAACAAAGAGCAGCGGACGAGCGAAUACGUCGGGCUGCAGAUCUGCUCGGAGCUGCUGACGGAGGAGCUGACGCGGACCUUCUUCCGGCAGCACCCCGGCGAGACGCAGUCGCGGGCCUCGAAGCUGCAGGUUCUCCUGCUGAUUGAGGCGUACGAAGCCAUGCUCCACUCGUGCCGCAGAGAGCUGCUGAAGCCGCCGCCGGUCCGGGGCGGCGAGCGCAGGAAGGGCCUGCGGGACGCCGUGAGGAUCCUCGACCACUGGCUCGACUCGCUGUAUGUCAUCUACGAUGAUACGUUUAGUGAUGAGGUCAACAGCGCGGCGGCCGAGGUCGAGGGCAUGAUAUAG